AAGCAGACCGUGCAUGGUGAGGAGGAGGAGCAGAAGCAAGCAGAUCUCUUAGCAUAAGAUUGAACCAUGAACCAACAGAUGUAGCCUUUUAAUUUUAAACCUAGACUUAUAUAGAGCUUCAAGCCCGUCGGAGAAGAGCUGCCGAAGACGUAAGAUUUCUCCAUCCUGCAGAGACGUUGACGUCAUCUACUCCAAAGCCGAUUCUUCACAAGAUCCGAGAGGGAUUGAGUCACUAGUUGAAUACGGCCAUCAUCAUCAUGCAAAAAGCAUCGGCUUUUUUCAGCGGUGAAUGUGCAUGCACGGAAUGCUGCAGAGAACUUAAAUAUUGUAGCUAGAGGUGAGCAGGAAGUUUGCGAAGCUCUGCAAAAUGGCUGUAAAAGGGCUGGAAUAUGCUGAUGUGACGCCCUGGCUGCGGAAUGCCACAAGCAUAAGAUGGAGCUAGAAGGGGAAAGAUUCCCCUGCCGAAAAUAAGUUGCAUCGUAGCAAUAUUGCGGACUACCUGAAGCUUCGUACUUCGAGGGGAGGGUUCACGGAAUUUAACAGUGGUUUCUUGAGGCCCCAAGCUUCUUUCCAUUGAGCGGUACCCAAACACCACUUCCUAGGCUUCUCCAACCACUCUGAUCAGGACACGGUUCUUGGUCAUGAAUCACCUUGGUUAGGUCCCAGAUUUCAGCCUGCGCGGGUGCCUCUCUGUGUUCCUACAUGGAGUCCUCAGUCCCUAUCGUCGAGUCGGCCCCUGAAGAUGCCAUAGAGAAUCCCAUCUGCAUCAUUGGGUUUGAGGAGCCAUCCCCAGAGCUAGCAGGCGGAAAGGGGUUCACGGCGCCUGGCAACCAAGGGGAGGGCUGGAAGCAGAAACCGCACAACGGCCACAAGUUCCGGGAUAAAGCAGCAAGGGAAUCUGGGACCCUCGAUCCGGGCAGCGGCUCCGAUGGGGGCAAGGCGGGUGAAAUGCGGCCAUUGCCAAAGUGGUCCAAGAAGGAGGACGUCGUACUGUUGAAUUUUGUCAAGGAGAACGGGAAGGCGGGGUGGGCGCGCGUGGGACGCAUGCUGGGGCGGACUGGGAAGCAGUGUCGCAACCGCUUCUACAACGCGCUUGAUCCGGAGCUGAGUGCGAAGGAAUGGACGGCCGAGGAGGACCGAUGCAUGGUGGAGCUUCAUAAGCGCUUUGGCUGCCGGUGGGCAAUACUCGCGAGGCAUCUCCCUGGCCGGGGCCAAAACACGAUCAAGAACCACUGGAACUGCGUUGCGAGAACAUGCAAAGAUACAAGCACCAGCGCAAAGAAGUUCGCGCCGUCCCCUCUCCGAGCUUACAUCGCCUCUCUAAAGCCCUCCCUUGAAAACCGGGGAGAGUCCGACAAGGGGGUCAUAUCCUCCCAGCCAGGUGCACCCUCUGACAUGGAGGAAUCCGACAAACCCCUGCCACUUACGGCUCUUCCGGGGGGGCCAGAGAUAGCAAUCGCUCAGGCUGGAGAAGACCCCGGGGAAACCGGCGAUCCGCCGAGAUUACGUAUGCCAAUCGUUUCAGAUGGGAAGCCGCCCGUCGCGCUCACUCUCGAUAAUGUGAUCGAAGAGGGGCCUACUGCAAAGCUGGCCCGCAAGCUGGGGGCAGAAAACGACGGGCCGGUGAUCCCCCUAAAGAAACAAAGAAGCGAAAGCCCUGAGCGGGGCAGGGGAGAGACGCCUCUUGGGGGGGCGAGUAAACGGUCGCACUCAGCGGGGACAGUCUGGCGGCUCGACCAGAUAUCGCAAUGGAUAACGGAGUGGGCGAAGCCUGGAGACGUGCCCCGGGGGGGAUCCCCCGUCCCCGUGCAAGAGCGAGGGGGGUUUCAGGAUCCCCAGGUGGGGACCCCCCGGAUGCGGGCAACAUCGAGCGGUUCGCCGCAAGCUGGGAGCUUGGACAGCACGAGAAAGAGGGAUCGAGGUGUGAUUGAUUUUGGCGAGAACGAGAGUGGCGAGCGCCCGGCUGAAAGCGGCGGGCAUUUCGACUGGAAGGCGCAGCUGCUUGCGCAGUGGACCAGCUCCCGGUCGGGGGGAUCCCCUGAGCAGACGGCGUUCCACCUGACCGAAACUGGCGGCUCAACACCUGUGACGAUCCCGCUCCAGAAGCAGGGGCGGGGCAGUGCGUUUGUGGCAACGGGGGGGGCGGCGAAAAGGAAAACGCGUCAAGGGGGUGAGGGGCACUCGCCAAGGGCGGGGGGGCUGGUGGUUUCGGACCUUCCGUUGGACGAGAUUGACGCUUCCGGAGGAAGCAGCGGCUCAGGGAAUAGUGCCGAAGAGAACUUUGAUUGGAAGGCGCAGUGGGCGAUUCUAAACGCGCGGCAUCCAGGUCCGGGGGGGGGUGCCGAACAGCAGCUGCCGAGGGGGGGGGUGCGGUGGGAGGAUAUGGUCUCGGGGGUUCCCCCCGGCCUCCUGGCGCGGUACGCCUCCGCUGACGUCAGCGAACCGGGGUGGCUGCGGGCUGCCAUCGGGAAAAGUGCGAGCGAAGCCAGCAGCGGAGGGGCGGGGCGGGACGAGUCUGAGGCCCCACUUAGUGAGGGGCUGGUCGCCCAGGGGGUUGCAAACACCCAGUUUUCGCCCCCCCUCGACGGAAGCUUCACGGCGCUGCUGAAAGAAGUGAGCGACACAAUUCGGAGACCCCCUGCGGGGGCCACCCGUGUGCAAGCUCACAAGCCCCAGGCGUCGGGAGAGGGGGGGGAGCUUUUGAGGAGCUUCGGGAGCCCCCCGACUUCGGCCGGCUUCGGCGGCACGGACUCUCAUCUUUUUGGGGGGGACAACAGCUUCUUCCGGUGGACGGUCGGGUCCCCCCUGUCGGAAAAACAAUUCCUGCGAAGCGCCUCCGAGAACGAGAGUCGGGGCGAGCCCUCGGCUUUCGUUUUGCAGUCUAGCCCCCCUGACGAAACUCCUUUAGAUCCCGAGCAAACUCCUCACCCUUGCGAAGAACUUCUGCCGGCGCGUCAGUCCUUGGAAAGCGGGUCGGCGGGUCGUGGUCCGGGGGGCUUGUAUCUAGGGCAUGAGCCACCCCCCCAAGAGCCGCGUGCGUCAUGGGGGGCCGGUGCCGAGUCUGGGCAGCACUCUCCCCCGCGCAAAGCUAGCGUCGCUAACCCGGCCCUAACCAAGCUGGUCACGGAGCACCUUUGUAGCCUCUUGGACCAGCAGGCCAAGCAAUUCAACGCGGUGGACCCCGCUAACCCGACCCGGUUAGACCCCGACCAGGUUGUCAAGCUGCGGGAGCAGCACGUGCAGAUGCGUGCUGCCAUCGCGUUCCUGUCAACGCUAACCCGGUCCGGAACCCCCGUACUUCCCUACGAGGAGGGCGAUAACCGGGAAGGGUUUGGAGCUUCCGUCGCCGACGGGAGCGUGUCGCUCGUCUCGCCAUCGACACCCGACUCCGCUUCGAGCCCGAUCAGAACCCCCUACACCGAGGGGGGCGGCAAGCGGCCGCGCCGGGGGGGCCUUUUGGGUGGAGCAAUGGGGGGGCACUCUGGAAAACCGGUCGACGUCGGCCCCAUGCAAGGGCUCCGGUUGGAAGAACCGGGCGUUGGGGGGGGGGGCGAACAGGCGACGGAGGGGGGAGGGUGGAACGAGCUUCCUGACGAUAUGGGGGACUCGGGCGACCGGUUGGAAGAGACCAAUGCCUCGGGUGCGGGGUUGAAGCAGGGGGACCGCAUGCCGGGAUGGGUCGGGUUGGAGGAUCCCAAGGCCCCUGAGAGAAUAGAACCGGUGGGUAACGGUGCCGAGUGGCAUCAAUGGCUCGCCCAGCAAGUUCCGCCGGGGCAGGUUCCGCUCCCCGGGGACUCGGCCGGUGGGCCUGACGCAACGACGGCUGGGGCCGACGUGGCAGUGCGUGAAGCCAAAGAACAGAGCUCACAUUCCGCGGGGCAUCGAAGCCCGAGCGGAGCGUCAUCCGACGUGGAGCAGCGAUUUGCGCAGUGCUUUCUGACCUGGCCGGAUGAGAACCAAACAUGAGUCUGGCCGGUUUAGCGAGUCUUAGAAUUCGUCCUACACGGGCAGCUACCGAAGUUUGGGAUGACUUGAGUACUCGCAAGCGACGAAUGCUGGAGAGGUCAAAAGCGGGACGGGCGUUGGGGAAGGCGCUUAGAUUGUCCGGAGUCAUGAGUAUGUUAAGUGGCCUCCCUUAAGUAGAAACUCUUGAACGGCUUGGAUUGAAAAGGUAUUCGGCAGUUACUGUUCAAAGCGUUGUCCGGUAAUGUGAGUGUAAGCUAGCUGUUGACAUGUAGGUUGAUCCUGACCCCAGUUCGUCAAAGCACUGCCUUAGUGAAAUUAACGACCGGAGUCAUCGGGCCUCAGUGAAGAUACAAUGUCCGACGCCUCAAGAAUUCAUGCUGAUGAGUUGAAAUACUCGUGACAAACUUACAACCCUGAUUUAUCCGCACUCAUACAACAUAAGAUUCUGUACUUACAAAG